ACUGACAUGGCCUCUAACCUGCUAACUGUCUGCACAGGAUAAAUGUUUUUGGGUUUUGCUUGUGAACUCAACAGGCAUCCCUACCCUUCCAAUGGAUGGAUGGAAGGAUAGAGCUUCACCUUUAUAGGAAAACAAACUGAACAAGAUUAAUUAGGCUUUUGUGCUCAAAUGUUCAUCAACAGCUUAAUAUUUCUGGAUUAUUAAAGGCUUCUAUAAGAUGUCAGAUGCAAAUCAGUUUCAGCCUAACAUCACUGAUGGACUGCAGUAUCAGGGAUUACUGGGAUUAGUGUUGUUUUCCACUCUGACAACAAUGCCAUGCUGUGUGUUUCUCUUCAUUAAUGGGACCAUGCUAUUUACCUUAAGGAGUAAAACGGUGUUUCGUGAGACCUCCCGUUAUAUUCUUUUGUAUAACCUCCUUUUUGCUGACACUUUACUGCUGCUACAUAGUCAGUUAAUGUACCUACUAGCUGCUUGUAGAAUAACAUUGACGUAUCCUGUGUGUGGUGCUCUCACCAUGCUCGCUGAUCUCACAACUGUGAUCUCCCCUCUCACACUGGUGGUGAUGUGUCUUGAAAGGUAUGUCGCUGUGUGCUACCCACUGAGGCACGCUACUUUCAUCACCAUCAGAAACACAGGGGUGGCCAUCAUUGUGGUUUGGGCCUUCAGUUUACUAAAUGUCCUCAUUCGAGUUAUUUUGCUAUUAAAUUUUCCAUUUGAAGAAUUGCAGAGCCUGCAGAUGACAGACUUUUGUGGCAAAGAAAGCAUAAUGCUUGAUCCAAUAUCUGACCUUUAUGGAAAAGCCUACACUUAUUUUCUGUUUGUAUCAGCUGGCGUGGUAAUCGCUUCUUCCUAUAUUGGUGUGAUGAUAGCAGCCAGAUCGGCCUCCACAGACAAAGCUUCAGCCCGUAAGGCUCGUAACACACUGCUGCUGCAUCUGGUGCAGCUGGGUCUCAGUCUCUCCUCAACCAUUUACUACCCAUUGCUCAUAGCUAUCUCAGAGGUCCUGGACAGGAUAAUAUUUGUGCGCAUCCAAAUUGUCAUUUACGUGUGUAUUAUCAUCUGCCCAAGAUGUCUGAGUUCUCUCAUCUAUGGUCUCAGAGAUCAGACCAUCAGACCCGUCCUCGUGUACCAUCUCUGCUGUCAGAGGAGACGCUGACUUUUCCUCUCAAUCGUCCCAGCCAAGGCAAUAAUCAGCAUACUUAUCCCUUUAUAGAUAAAUAUUAUUUUUAACAAAAUGUCUUGUUUUAUUAAAAAUUUAAACAGAGAAUGGCACUUUUUAAAAGUAAAGUGAGAUACCCCCCCCACUCUCCAUUUCACUCUAUUGAAGACACAAGUAUCAAUUACUUUUGUUUCUUGGGUUUUUAUGUCUAUAGAUUAGAUUGAUUUUAUUGUCUACCUCAGUUGAAAUGUAUCUUUAGCUUCUCCAAAGUACAGCAAAGGCACAUACAAUGCACAUAACACAGCACACCAUUAACUUUAUAUUUAAUAUUUGUUUGUAUUUCUCUGUUUUGUGUCUGCAAGUCCUGCUGUACCAUGGAACCUACAUCACACACCACAUUCAACCAGACACACACCUAUAUCAGCACUAAUGCCCAGUUCCUUAUAAUAACCUUUUCAACAUGUCAUCAAAAUAAAUAAAAGUUUUGAAUCACUUGGCUAAACUGCAAGCAGAUACAUGCUUAUUACAAGAAACACACCUCUCAGAAUCAGACCAUAAUGAAUUAAAAUCAUCAAAAUUCAAUCACUUAUUGUCGACUCACUACAACAUGAAACAAAGAGGUGUGUGCAUUUUAAGGCCAGCAAAAACAUCGUUUUAUCAUGCAUUGGUCAAUUUUGAUUUUUUGGGCUAUUUUACUUCCAUAACAUGCCUUCUUUCAGACUAGUGGAAAGAAAAUGUCAAAAAUACACAUUUGGAUGUUUAUUUUACACUUUCACACUAUCUCUUUGCAUCUGUAGAUUUCUCCUAAAUUCACCAUAAGUGAAUGUGUGUCAAAGAGUGUGUGUGUGAUUGUGUUACUGUUCAGUAGAAGGCCAUACUGUGUUAUUCAGUUGUAACCCUUUUGUCAACCCUAGGGGUUAAUUUCAAUGCUGUGUUGAAUAAGAAAACCUGGGUUCACGGCAGUUGAAUGGGGAAUUUGGCCGGUGCUUCUUUUCUUUAAAUUAAAACAGUUGUAAUUUAGCUUUUCUCCUGUACCAAUAAUUACACAAUAAAAUUAAAGUAGGAAAAACCCUUAUUUAUAUUUUUCUUAGAAAUUUGUAACUGUGUUAAAUGAAUUAACUAUCUAAAAGAACAAUGAAAUGCCAGAUAACAAAUUUAGGAAAAAAGGAAUAGCAAUGAUUUAUUUUGUUUUACACUAAUAAAAUGACUUUGUUUUGUUUCAAAGAAAGCACUAAAUGACGAAACAAAUAAUUAAGUUGUAUGGAGAAUAACAAAUAACACAGGAAUUAUUUUACCCAACAAUCCGUGAAUUAUUUGUUUUCCAGCAAAGAAAAGAUUUAUACAACCUCUCAGAAUUCUUUUUUUCAGAUACUUAGUUUCUUAAACCUGUAUUCUUAAAUGUUAACCUCAAAUUAAAAUAUGAGAUAAAAUGUCAAACCCUUGAUUAAGUUAAACACUUCAAAAAUAAUAAAACAAUACAAAAAUCA